CUUCUGGAGAUGGAAUGUAAUCGUUUGCUCUGUUGGAAUCGACAUUUAGCAUUUUUGGUUCCGGAAGCGUGGACCAUCCUGUGACUGCAGCCCGACCUAGUUGCUUGAUGGCUGGCAUAUAGCCAUGCCGCGUCGCUUAAAAGCACUACGACCUCUCUUGACCGACCCAGGAAUGUCAGCAGCAGGGCUUUUCGGUACCUUGACAGGACCUCUUUCUCGAACUGCUUUACCCACUGCUUCUGGCGCCUAUGGCGCCAAUAGCUUCAGCAGCUCCCAAAGCCACUCAAUUGAUGGACCAUCACCAUCGGUUGGAGGGCCGGUCCAUAAAAGGCGACCAACAUCGGGCAGCACAAGCUGUGCAAGUCCACUCGGUCGUAGCCGAGGAUACAACUCCUGUGCCAGCUACUCAUCUGUGGCGUAUCCAUCUGCUGUCCAAGGGCUGCCUGAAGCUGUGCAGUCACGCCAGCUCAGCGCCAAUGCGCCAGAGUUCAUCCCCCGUGGCCCCACACACCUCAGGAGCAUGCGCAGGCUUUGGGAACCCAGGGAAGCUCCCACGGCUGUGCGGCCGGUGCCAAGCAGCAGCUGCCGCAUGUACAGCAGUAGCUCUGGGAGGCAGUCUGCAGCAGCAGCAGCAGUGGCUGCGCCCUCGGCAGACGAGCCAGCGGAGGGCCGCCUGAUCGAGUUCCAGAAAGACAGCAAGUCUGGGCUGGCGCUGCUGUUGAAGAAGGACGGCAAACGCAACUGGAGUGCGGUGGACACCAGGGGGACUGUUUACUCCUUGCGGCCGCAACAAGUGGCAUACGUGCUCCCUGGAGAGGGAUACACGCAGCAGGAUCUGGAGACGAUCUCCACUGCAGCGCAGGCUGCGUGCAGUGAUGACAAGCUGAUGGAACUUGCUUGGGAGGUGGUGACCGGGAGUGAUGAGACAUAUGAUGUGCCUGGCAUGGCGGAGCUGCUGUUUGGGGAAGUGACGGUGUCGAACGCGUACGCGGCCCAUCGGCUGCUGAAUGAGGACCGCACCUAUUUCAAGCAGGUCAACCGGGGGCCCCCGCGUUUCCAGCCACGUUCACAGACAGAAGUCAAGAGCAUACAGGCCAAGACGGCUGCGGACGCCAAGGUGCGAAGGGCGACUUCUUUUGUAGAUGCUGAUGAAGGGCAGGGGGUCAUCCUGUCUGUAAAAAUCCGUCUGGAAGUCUACCCAAGCAAGAGAACGAAGUUCAGACACUGGACCACCUUGUUUUCAACCUUUGAUUUGGCAAAGGCAGCGGGUUUGAUGCCUGGGAAUGGAGGCGCAGCCGCGCUGCUGGGCAGGAUUGGGGUGUGGGGACCCCAUGACAACAUUGGCCUCAGGCAGCUCAACCUCACCAGAGAAUUCCCUGCCGCUCUCCAGGCACGCCCCCUGCCCACCCACCUUUGCCGCCAUUUCUGCCAUUCCCACCUCAGCUUUUGCCACAUCCACCCGCCGCUCGAUGUGGACGAGGCAAACCGGCUGGAUCUGACGCACCUCCCAGUGGUGACCAUCGAUGACGCUGGGACGACCGAGGUGGACGACGGUCUCUCGGUGGAGUUCCUGGAGGGCGGCCGCGCGCGCCUGUGGGUGCAUGUGGCUGACCCCACCCGCUACAUCCGCCCAGAGGACACCCUCGACUUGGAGGCACGCCGACGCGGCUCCACCAUGUACCUGCCCACAGGCGCCAUUUUCAUGUUCCCGGGGCAGCUGGCGACAGGCCCCUUCAGCCUGCGCCAGGGCGAGCCCUGCUGCGCGCUCAGCAUCAGCGCAGAGCUUUCCCCCGACGGCGAGCUCAGCGCACACAGCGUGGCAGCCACCCGCAUCACACCCACCCACCGCAUGACCUACGACCAGGUCGACGCCGCCAUUGCCAGCGGCGAGCUCCCACCAGACCUGUGCGCCCUCCUGCAGGCGAGUGAGGCGCGGGCGGCAUGGCGGACGCGGCAGGGCGCGGCCAGCAUAACGCUGGACGAGUGCGAGGUGCGCGUGGCCGACCCUCGCGCGCCGAACCCGCGUGUGACGCUGGAACGGCUGCAGACCGGCACCUCCGCCGCGCGCACGCUCGUCUCCGAGAUGAUGAUCAUGGCCGGCCAGGUCGCCGCCACCGUUGGGCAAGAGGCGGGCCUGCCGCUGCCAUACAGGGGCCAGGCCAAGGCGGUGCUGCCAACAGAGGAGGAGCUGAAGGGCGUUCCCGAGGGCCCCUGCCGGGCGGUGCUGCUGCGCAGCCGCAUGGUGCGCGGAAUCGCCACCACUCACGAUGCGCUGCCGCAUGCGGGCCUCGGCCUGCCGGCGUACGUGCAGGUCACCUCGCCCAUCCGCCGCUACUCCGACAUGCUCGCGCACUGGCAGCUCAAGGCGCGCUUGCACAGCCCCCUGCCCUUGCAUCCGCUGACCUUGAACUCCAUAGAUCAAAAUUUUGGCCCUGCCAUGAUGCGUAAAUUGCUAGGGCGCAAGAUACGGCCUCCCGUGGUGCUGGACGAUGUGACAUCCAACGUGCGCGAGCAUAUCACGCUGGAGCGCGAGAUCAACAACUACUGGCUCGCCAAGUACUUUGAGGCCGAGAAGGCCGCCGACCCAACCCGCACCUGGCCCGCGCUGCUCCUACACUGGAUCCGACAGGACACGGGGUUGGCGCAGGUGCAGCUGGAGGAGAGCGCGCUGGAGACAGUGGUGCGCAUCGACCGCCCGGCGCGCGUCGGCGAGCGCCUGCUGCUGUCCUGCGUGGCCGCAGAUCCGCCCGCCGGCAUGUACCGGCUGGAAGAGGCCUACCAGCUGCCCUUUCAGGCCGAAGACGGCACCCUGGCAUACCUCGGCGAGCCAGGGGAGGGGGACGAGGAGGCUGGUUCCACUGCUGAGGUUGUGGGAGAAGAGGAGGUUGUUUCCCUGGGUGUGGCGCACGUCUGAGAGCAGGUUGCUGCCCCUGCGCUGACUGUGCUUGCUGGGGAGUGUGAGCGAGCCUUGGUGUAUGCUGGUGUCUCAGCUUGUUUUAUCUCCUGCCGAGGGGGCCCAAUUGAGUUCUGCCAGGGACGCGGCUGCCGUUUGGAGGCCAAGCAGCAGGCAUGCACAUGGCAGGUGCUAGCAGGCAAGGGGCGGGGCUUGCACGAUUUGAGAAUUGCAAUUGAGAAAGUUGAGUAGAGUAAAUCGAGCAGAAUUCAUCCUAUGUGGAUAGGAUGUUGGCCCUCUUCGGCUAUGGUGCACCAUGUGAGCAUGCAUCCUGGCCGGCAUUUGCAUGCAAGUGUGCCACAGUGGGCAUGAAUCCAACCCCUGAGGUGCUGUGAGAAGAUCUUUGAAGGAGCUUGAAUUGAAGAGUCCUCUUGUGGCCAUCAAAUUGGCCUCUGAGCACAUUUUAGUGUACUACAUAGGAAAACUCAGUUCAGCCUUGCAGGUUCACCACAAAUAAACUUGAAUUACAGGCGGUACAUGUGAUCGUGCAGGAAUAGGAAAAGAAGCUAGGCAAUUGCAACAAAAUUUGAAUC